AUGGACACAGAACGCGCCCACCGGGCAUGCGAGAAGUGCACUCGCACCAAGAAGAAGUGCGACAAAGCUCUCCCGGCCUGCUCACGCUGUACCAGACUCACCACCACCUGCUGCUAUGACUUCAUCUACACGGCUCCGGCCACCGCCGUCGUGGACCCGGGCUACAUGCUCGGCUCCAAGCCCGCGGACCACCUCGCCGGCGCGGGCACCAUCCUCGACCCGGCCUUUGACAUCUCCAGCGAGACCAUCAUGACGCUACUCUCGUCCCGCAACAUCAACUGGCGGGAGGCCGCCGAACGCUACUUCGAGACCAUGAACCCCUGGCUCACCAUCGUCCACCCGGAGCUCUUCGCCCUCCGUGUCGACAACAUGGACUCCGGGCCCAGCUCCGCCGCGGCCGGGUCGUCCGUGCCUCGCGACCCCGUUGUGGCCCUCCUCGUCGUCUGCAUGCAGCUCGCUACCCAGUACGACGACGAGGCCGUGGCCGCCGAGGACCCCCGCAUCUUCGAGGACAGAGACAUGAUCGAUCUGCCCGCCUAUCGGGCCGCCAAGCGCAUCCUCGGCAUCCUGCGUGGUCUGUCUGCCCCGAGCAUCGAGCUCGUCCAGUGUACCAUCCUCCUCGCCCUCUUUGAGUUUGGCCACGGCGACGUCAUGCGGGCCUACGUGACCAUCGGUGACGCCAACACCAUGGCCCUCGCCAUGGGUAUCCGCCCUGGCAAGUACGUCGACGCCGAGAAGGACGCCCCCGUGGCCUACGACGACGAGGAGCGCCGCUGCGUCUACUGGAGCAUGCUCGUCCUCGACCGCCUGGUCCACGUCGACUGUAGCCUCAUCCACAUGCCGCUGCAAGUCCCCGCCCCAGCCGCCGACGACCUGCUCCCUACGACACACAUCGGGUGGACGAACCAUCUGCAGAACCGGAUGAUCCAGCGAAAUCCUGCGAGCGUGGCGGCCUCGGUGCCCGUUGGGCCAUUCCAGCGAAAUUGCCAGUGUGCCAUGCUCUACACCAAGGCCCUGUCUCCGAGCCCGGAAUCUGGAGCUCCAGAUGCCAUGGUUGCCAACUUUGUCGAGCUCGACAUUGCUAUCCGUUCCUUGGUCGAGGCCAUGAUUCUACAAGCCUCCCGCUGGGGCGACUUUUUCGAGUGCUUUGCAACUUGCACUUGCCUCCUUCUCUUCCUCUACUGUCGCCAACUCCGCACCGUCGACUCCACAACCAUCCACCACGCCACCACUGACGUGAGGGCCCUCAAGGCCAUUGCCGGCCUCAACUUCACCAUCCGCAUCAUCGCCGACACCACCACCGACCUCAACGACCAGCUCGCCCGCCGCCCGCACCUCCUCGCAUCCUGCUCCCCGCUGACCCCGUACUCCGCCUACCACUGCCUCAUGGUCCUCAGCAACUUCGAGCACGUCAUCCCCGACGCCGACGCCCGCUUCCACGCAAUCUUCAGCUCUCUUCACUUCUUUGCAAAGCGCUGGAACGUCGCCGGGCAACUGGUUCUCAAGGUCGAGUCCUUCCUAGCAGCUCCCGAAAGCGUCCAGUGGUGUUUUAUGAAAGAGUGA